CGAGCGCGAUUCUGAGCCGCAGCAAAAUACACGACGUGACAGUGACCGUUUCCUUCGCCUUCCUUCGUCCCAGUGAUUUCUCAGACUCUUGGCGUGAACGGUAAAUUCAGGACUUCCUUGUAGCUCUGCUUCGCGAAUCGUUAUGAUGUGCGCAAAACUGAAAGUUAGCGUGGUGACAACACUAUUGAUUGCCUUGACGGUCGUUAUGCUCGCCUCUCCAUCCCAAGCGGCUCGGAUCUACGAGAAAGAAUCCAAGACGAAAGAGCCGCCGAAGAACAUGGAGAAACCUGACGGGUCUGUGGAUAAAUACGCUGAAGAACCCUCUGACAGAUUGACUUCGAUCUACAACUACAUAAAGCAACUCGUUCAGGGAAUCAGUGGACAAGAGAAGAAUGUGGACAUCUUCAAGAAGAUUCGAGAUCACGUUGAAGAAACGUAUGCGGUGCAUGAGCCCAACGAGCUGGAAGACGAUGAAGGUUUCGAACGCUUGUGUCAGACCACCAAUAAAUGGGUUCUCCUCAAUCGAACCUUGAACACGAACGGUGAAGAAGUUGAGAUAGUCCACGACAUCUACGCCCAGUGGUAUCACUACUACGAGUGUGUUGACGCCGAUCAGCCUUGCCUGGCCAUUAAGGAUAACUUCGAGAGCUCUUGCGUCCAAACGGAAGCUUUCCAGCUUAUGUACGCACGUCCCUUAGGAGCGCCGCACGCUCGCCCCACUUUCAUGUACGUGCUUGUUCCCAGGGACUGUGUCUGCAAAGCUCACACGAUCAAAGCUAACCAGCCGUUCCCAGAGUGAAGUGGAGAAAAUCUCACGACAAGGGACGAAAUCCAUGAUACUUUCGAAUGUACAUACAAUUUCUCUAUUUAUUGCAUUAUGCGGAAUACUGACAGGCCAUGAGAAAUCGGCCGAGCAGCCAGGGACUUAGCAACAUUUGAGCCCGGAUGUUGCCGACACAAAGCCGAUCUUACCUACUCUUCCCCGUUUGAUAACAAACUCGAGAACUCUGCCAAUGCACAGGCCCUCGCUCAGCCGGUUCCGGAAGAGCGACACUGAACAUGAAAAUGCAACGGAUACAUAUAAGAGUUCCCGAGGAUUCUCCGCUUGCCGCCUGUGGAGGGGGGGUUAAUCUCGUGCCCGGUGUGUUUUUGGACAAUUCUCAAUAAGAAUGAUGCG